AUGCCGGGUCCAAUUGAGCUACAGCUCUUUCCCUCUUGUCCCGACUGCCUAUCGUGGUCCGCAGAUGGCGAACUCGCGGUAGCUGCUGGAGAAUAUGUUCAUAUCAUAACCCCUAAGAACACAUCUGACGAGGGAGAUAUUGGCUCUACCCCUCAAGCAGCGACUGGGAACUGGAAUAUAACACGCUUUCGGGCAAAUGUUUUUACUCACAGAGAAUGGUCCACUAUAUACCCGCAAAAACGCGAUGACUUUUCAAUUGGAGCAGAACAGUCCAUGAGUACUGUAGUCGGCCUGGCCUGGUCACCACCGGGGCUUGCCAAACACAGAAGAUCAAUUCUUGCUGUGUUGACCUCCAAUCAAUUUUUAUCUUUCUAUGAAGCUGCUGGUCCCCAGGGAAGAUGGACACGGGUUGCUAUCGUCAAUGAGGCCUUGAAGACUCAUUUCCAGGCGUUCGUCCACGAGAAAAGUCAUCGUUUACGUAAAACCAAUAUACGUUCGUUCACAUGGUGUCCUCCUUUAAAGGUUCCUGUGGAAGAAACGGGCUCGCACCCAGCGUUCGGUCUUGAAGCUCGCUGGGGCAUUCAAUUGCUCACAGUCGUUAAUGAUGACAAUGAUGUGAUCUUCCUUCACACUCGAAGACCAAAAGCGGAACCAUCCUUCAAUCCUUUUGCAUUUAAUAUACUUACCCUCACUUCGCUGCAUGAUCUAGAAGGGAACUAUCCAGUGGUUCAACCAGGUUCCAUUUUUGCUUCGGCCCUUAAACCUCAGAUUCGGACCCUACAUGUUUCAUGUGGCCCAUGGCUUUUCCAGCAGAGAAAAGGCCAGGGUAAUGCUUGUCAUGUGACAGGUACUGCAGCUGCUGUAUACGGUUCCAAACUAAAGAUGGUCAAGCUGGAUAUAACUCUGACACCUAAUUCCGAGCCAGAGACUGGACUGAAAUACAAGUCAGUGGCCACUUCCAAAGAACAUCCUACAAUGCCUCUGGAAAAUACGGGUAAACAUCACCUCAUAGGCCCUACUCAAUGGAUUUACCAAGAUGGAUUCGAACAAGUUUAUGUUGUUGUGGGGAGCUUUGCUGGGUUUCUAGUAGCAUCGGCUCCAAUUGCUUCAUAUACUGGGAGUAAUGCAGGAAGUACCCGUAUUGAAGUACAGGAGCAUCCUAUGUAUGAUAGUGCCACCGGAGAUUCACAGGAUGGAGGCACAAAUCAUUGGGAACCUAUCAGUGCCAUGGCUGCGGCAUUCUGUGAAGAGCCAUCAAAGUCAGUCCCUCAGCUGCAUUUAGGUACAACUGGGGGAUACGGAGGGUAUAAAGAAUUUCCUUUCGUCCAAGACAAUCAUAGCCCGAUAUUUUCGCCACCAUGGAAACAGCAGUCCGAUGGCAUUCGCGACCAAUUUGAUAUUGAUCGCGAUCUUGGAGGCCUCGUGGUUGGAAGAGUCUGGGGGCUUGCAUAUAAUCGCGGCGUGAUUGCAGCUGCUCUGACUAUGCACCCCCGAGAUAUGGUUGAAUAUUGCACUGCAGCAGAAGAACGCACUUUUAUCGUUUUCUCCAGCUUGGGGACAGAGUCGCAGGAAGGGGAGGGGGGAGUAUCAGCUUUCCAACAAAAGACCCCGGAUCGCUCACCGGAUUUUUUACGUACGAAGCGUGAGGGAGUACUUGGGUACAUACUGCGCUCCGCACCUAUCUCAGGUGAUUCCCGUCUAUGGUGUCCGAGGGUGGUCUAUGCAGCGGCUUGUUGCGCCAUCGUGGAAUCUCAAAAUGAAGAGCUACUCUUGGAGUCACGGAGUGCAUUGAAAUGGCUGGUUACAGUCACCGGCGCUGACCUGAGUGAUGAGAUAUCAAAAUGCUCAACUUCUUCAAACACAGUCGAUCCAAAAUCCGCCGAACAGUUGAGUGGAGCAGGUGCUCAAAUAUUCGAAAAAUGCGACAUCUGUGAUGCCGGAAUUGCAUGGUACUCAACGCAGGAAUCCCAGUGUGCAUCAGGGCAUCUUUUCGUUCGGUGCAAUUUAUCCAUGCUAUCUAUUCAGGAGCCGGGGAUCUCAAAACUCUGUUCGAACUGCAAGACAGAGUACCUCAAUGAAGACCUUAUCGGUCCUUCACAGGGAACAGACCUCCAGCACACGUACCAAAUGCUUUCUGAUGUGUUUGAUACCUGCAUAUACUGCAACGGCAAGUUUAGUGCCUAG